UACGUCUGACACCAUUUUUAUACAUAACCCUCUCUCGGGUUUCCAUCAUGAACGCCAGCAAUGCCGUAAUGUAGGACCCUGUAUCUCCAGAUCCAUUUCUGAAUAUGGUUCGGUAUCGUAAACCCUUUUAUCCAUUGUUGCUCAUCAUAACGUAGCGGCAGCUUCGACUGCACCCGCAGCUUUGAAAGCCGUUUUGUUCGUAUAGGUGACCUCAACAGGCCAUUUCCAUUCCGCCCAUUUUGCCCACGCUAAGAGGAUUAGCACGCAAUUACCCGAAGUUGUUUACUUGGACAGCCACUUACCCCAGUAUGCGAACUUCCUCCCAAAGUAUUUCCCAGCAUAAGGUAUAACCACCAUUGUCAGAGCCAGUUCUAUCUGCUGUAGAUUCUCCUCCCAUUGUCGUUGCGCAUCGGAUCCGUCAUCGGAAUCCAGAUCACUGCUGUCUAUAGAGGAAGGUAGCGUAUCGAUUUCGUCCUGGUCAUUGGAGGAUUCGGGAAGAGCAUCUUGUAUGAUAUAAGAGUCGGAGGUAGACAUGUUGUGCAGUUUGUUUUAUGAUGUAUUGGGUGUUUCUGAAGAGCACAGGGAGCGCUACCGCUGAUACCGCCGAUUCAUCGAGGAGUUUGAGGGGAUCUGGAGAUGCGAGACGAAGCUGGGUUCGGGGUCGUGUUGAGGCAUCCGCAUCAUCCCAGGACCAGGUGAAGCUUGGAAAGUUCAAGCUCCACUCAGCCCCCAUCGGAUCGGACCCGGGAUCGCAGCGGGAGGGGCCGAGAUGAUACACGUGAUCAUCAGCGGCAGCCUGAGCUGACCUAGGUUUUCACCCUUGUCUUGUAGCGCGGGCACCGUUGGAAUCUGUGACUCAAGGUCCGUGACUCAAGGUCUGGUCAAAGAGGAUUAUCUUUCAACGUUUGUGCGGCGAUUUUGACUUUCUCAAUCACACCACAACCACCACAUCGCAUUACGAAGGACAAUUAAUAAGAAAAUCCCCUGUUGCCACAUCCAAGUCUAACAGGAAAGCGGUCCCACAAUUUACGCCAGCCUAACCGCAAUCAUGGCGACUGAGGUAAUAUAACUCCAACCCCACCUCAGCUUUCCGCACCGCACCACACCACCACCUUUCCUAACCAAGCCUUAGGAGUCCCAGCACAAACCUCGCAAAUCAGUUCAGUUCAGCGACGGAACCACAGUUGUAGACGAGAAAGGAGAGGUCACACUGAAGGAAGACGGUCAAGAAGGUACAAAAGACACCGCCAUGUCGCACUCACAAUCUCCAAGUACGCUGCAACUUCCGCAGAUGUGGGCAUCAGUUACUAACUCUCCCAAAGGCCACGAUGAGACCGCAGACAAGGAAGAGGAUGAGCUCGCCACCAUGCUGAAGAGCAAGAAGAAGAAGAAGAAGGUCAAGACCGAGGAUGCUGAGGGUGGCGAUGGAGAAGCUGCUGACGACGGUGGACUGGACCUCACCAUGAAGAAAAAGAAGAAGAAGCCAAAGACCAAGGAAGGCGCCGAAAAGGAUUUCGCAGACCGAGUCGCAGCUCUCGAACUCAAGGACGGCGAGACUGCAGAAGGAGAAGAAGCUACUCCAGCUGAGGCAGAACCUGUCGAUGAAGGUGAUAUGGAAAAAGGAACUGGAAUCUGGCAACACGAUGAGACAAAGGCCAUUGGCUACGAGCUCCUCCUUUCCCGAUUCUUCACUCUUCUUGCGCAAAAGAACCCAGACCACGCAUCAAGCGGCUCCAGAAGUUACAAGAUCCCACCGCCACAAUGUCUACGUGAAGGAAACAAGAAGACGAUCUUCGCCAACAUCGCCGAGAUUUGCAAACGUAUGAAGAGAACCGAUGAGCACGUUACGUCAUACCUAUUCGCAGAAUUGGGUACGAGUGGUUCCGUGGAUGGUAGCAGACGUUUGGUCAUCAAGGGUCGUUUCCAACAGAAGCAAAUUGAGAACGUUCUGAGACGAUAUAUCAGUAAGUCCAAUUUCUAUUAUCUGCCGUAUUUUGAACAGAUUUUAACCGUUACGCAGUGGAAUACGUCACCUGUAAGACCUGCCGAUCUCCAGAUACUGAACUCAACAAGGGAGAGAACAGAUUGUAUUUCAUCACUUGCAACUCAUGCGGAUCUCGACGAUCUGUCACUGCUAUCAAGACUGGUUUCUCUGCCCAGGUCGGAAAGAGAAGAAGACAGCAAGGUUAG